UCUGGUCCUUAAAAAGGAGAGCAGUGACACAGAACUCACAUCACAGGGAGGAUCAUUGGAGAGAUUUGUAGAGGUCUUAAGUGAGAUAACUGACAAUUUCAUAAGGAAUCCCUCACCAUGGCAGGGUUGAUUAUUUUCCUGCUGCUCAGUGCUGCCUUUUCUCUGGGAGAUCCACAUUGGCGGCCACACAGGUGCCCUGGGGAAUGGCGCCAGUUUGGUUCCCAUUGUGUCAUUUUCGAUGAGACUCCAAGAUCUUGGGCGGCUGCGGAGUUCCACUGUCAGUCUCUUGGUGGACACCUGGCCUCAGUACACAGCUGGCUGGAGUCUAUAUUUCUGCAGGCGUUGACUAUAGAUUUACCUUUGACCUGGAUUGGAGGAACGGAUGGUGGUCAGCCUCAGAUGACACAGGUACCUCGUCAUACUGGUUACAAGAGCUGGUCCUGGACUGAUGGCUCUGGAUUUAAUUACCGACAGUGGGCAGAAGGAAUGCCUAACAACUCUAUUGCUGGAGAGUCGUGUAUUCAGAUGAAUUUUGGAGAUAAACAUCGCUGGAACAAUGAAGUCUGUGAAAAGCCCUUUGCUUCUGUCUGCUCACAAAGCGAUUGAAAUCAAUUGUUGCUGUCAUGUUUACCUAUUGAUUGUUGUGGUUGUCAAUAAAACAGCUGAACUCUA